CGCCCCCUCGGCCGGUGCUCUGCUGCGAGCGAGGAGGCCGCCAUGGAGGCGCUGCGGGCGGCGGGACGCGCCGUCCUCCGGAGCCCCAGCCUCGCCCGCCACCGCCUGGCCGUCCCCCGCCUCCGCUGCCCCCGCAGUCGCCGCCGCCCCCCCCGGGAAGCAGAAGAUGGAGCCGGAGCCGGAGCGGCGGGAGAAGCGUCGCCAUCGCCGUCGCCGCCCGGCUGCUGCUCGGCUGCCGCGGGGCCUUCGUGGUCGGAGCUGCGGGAGCCCGUGCUGCUGGUGGAGGGCUUCGCGGGCUUCGCGCUCAAGUACCUGGGCAUGACGCUGGUCGGGGAGCCCCGCGGGGAGGAGAUGGCCGCCGCCGCCGUCCGGAGGAUCCUGGCCACGGCCCGGAAGGAGGGCCCCGGGAAGCUGCGGAAGGUGCUGCUGGGCGUCUCCCCGCGAGGCCUCUCCCUCCGCGACGCAGAGACCCGCGAGAGCAUCGAGAGCGUCUCCAUCUACAGGAUCUCUUACUGCACAACGGACAAGCUCCAGAACAAGGUCUUUGCCUACGUGGCGCAGAACCCCCGGAGCGGGGCCCUCGAGUGCCACGCCUUCCUCUCCCCCAAAAAGAAGGUGGCCCAGGCGGUGACCCUGACGGUGGCCCAGGCCUUCCAGAUGGCCCUUGACCUCUGGGAAGCAGCCCAGGCAGGCUCCAGAGAGGAGGAGGAGGAGGAGGAGGCAGAAGAAGAAAAGCCCCCCCAGAGGCCACUGUGCCCCCUGGAAGCUGGUCCAUCUCUGGGCAGCCCUCCCUUCAAGGCAGACUUUGAGGAGGAAGAGGAAGAAGGCAACUUCAACGACAGUCUUGCCAGCUGCAUGGAGGAGGGGGGCUACCCCACAGGUGGCGGGGACAUUGCCUUUGGCAGCCCCCCAGCCGCAUGGCUCCAGUCGGGGGUGGUCUGGGGCUGCAGCCCCCCCAGCAGCUGCCUGCCUCCAGGGACCCUCUUCUGAGGCCGCCCCC